UGUUGGGUGCACGGGAGGGUUUGUGGGCACGUCGGCCCGUAGAGACCCAGCCGUCGCCAUGCCCGGGAUUGACAAGCUCCCCAUUGAGGAGACGUUGGAGGACAGUCCCCAGACACGUUCUUUGCUGGGUGUAUUUGAAGAAGAUGCUGCAGCAAUUUCCAGUUACAUCCACCAGUUGUAUCAAGCCAUGCGUCGAAUUUAUGAUGCACAGAAUGAAUUAAGUGCAGCAACCCAUCUAACUUCAAAACUUCUAAAAGAGUAUGAGAAGCAGCGUUUUCCAUUAGGGGGCGAUGAUGAAGUUAUGAGCUCUACCCUACAACAGUUUGCAAAAGUGAUAGAUGAGCUCAGCUCUUGUCAUGCAGUACUUUCAACUCAACUAGCUGAUGCCAUGAUGUUUCCCAUUACUCAGUUUAAAGAAAGGGAUCUAAAAGAGAUAUUGACUUUAAAAGAAGUUUUCCAAAUUGCCAGUAAUGAUCAUGAUACUGCCAUUAACAGAUACAGUCGGCUGUCAAAAAGAAGAGAGAAUGAAAAGGUCAAGUAUGAAGUUACAGAAGAUGUGUAUACUUCCAAGAAGAAACAGCAUCAGACCAUGAUGCAUUAUUUCUGUGCGUUAAAUACUCUUCAGUACAAGAAGAAAAUAGCCAUGCUGGAACCCUUGCUAGGAUAUAUGCAAGCACAGAUAAGUUUCUUUAAAAUGGGUUCAGAAAAUCUUACUGAGCAGCUGGAAGAAUUUUUAACCAAUAUUGGCACAAGUGUACAAAAUGUUCGCAGGGAAAUGGAUUCUGAGGUAGAAACCAUGCAGCAGACCAUAGAGGACUUGGAAGUAGCCAGUGAUCCAUUAUAUUUACCUGAUCCAGACACAACAAAAUUUCCUGUCCAUAGAAAUCUAACACGGAAAGCUGGCUAUCUUAAUGCAAGGAAUAAGACUGGGCUGGUGUCUUCCAGUUGGGACAGACAGUUUUACUUUACUCAGGGUGGAAACCUAAUGAGUCAGGCAAGAGGUGACGUAGCUGGAGGACUUGUCAUGGACAUAGACAACUGUUCCGUGAUGGCUGUGGACUGUGAGGACAGAAGAUACUGCUUUCAGAUAACAUCUUUUGAUGGCAAAAAAUCUUCAAUCUUACAGGCAGAGAGUAAAAAAGAUUAUGAAGAGUGGAUAUGUACAAUAAACAACAUCUCUAAACAGAUAUACCUAAGUGAAAACCCUGAGGAAAUUGCUGCACGUGUAAAUCAAUCCGCUCUGGAGGCUGUCACCCCCUCUCCUUCCUUCCAACAGAGACAUGAGAGCAUGCGGCCAACAAUGUACAGUACAGAACAACAAUCUCGGCCUCCGACAGCUCGUACUAAUAGCUCUGGGUCUUUGGGAUCUGAAUCAGCAGCUUUAUCAGCACUUUCCUUGGAUUCCCUUGUUGCCCCUGACACACCGAUACAAUUUGACAUAAUUUCUCCAGUUAGUGAAGAUCAUCCUGGUCAGGCAAAAGCCUCAGGGCAAUCGGGCAGACGUACAAACCCAUUUGGUGACUCUGGAGGCAAAAAAUCUGAAACAGAAGAUUCCAUUCUUCACCAGUUAUUUAUUGUAAGAUUCCUUGGCUCCAUGGAGGUUAAAUCUGAUGAAAGUCCAGAUGUUGUUUAUGAAACAAUGCGCCAAAUUCUAGCAGCCCGGGCUAUCCAUAAUAUUUUCAGGAUGACAGAAUCACAUUUAUUAGUCAGUUGUGACUGUUUAAAGUUAAUAGAUCCACAGACGCAAGUUACAAGGCUCAGGUUUCCUUUGCCAAGUAUAGUCUUGUACGCUACACACCAGGAGAAUAAACGCCUUUUUGGAUUUGUGCUUCGGUCUUCAGGAGGGAGAGUUGAGAGCCAUACAACAUCUGUCUGUUAUAUAUUUGAAUCAAACAAUGAAGGGGAAAAGAUUUGCGACUCUGUUGGACUGGCAAAACAGAUUGCUUUUCAUGCAGAAUUGGAUCGUAGAGCAUCAGAAAAACAAAAAGAAAUAGACAAAGUAAAAGAGAAACAACAGAAAGAACUCAGUAAACAAAAGCAAAUUGAAAAGGACUUGGAAGAGCAGAGCCGAUUGAUAGCUGCUUCCAGUAGACCCAUUCAAAGCAGUGGAGAGGGACAAUUUGUAGUCCUUAGCAGUAGCCAGUCAGAAGACAGUGAUUUGGGAGAAGAUGGGAAGAAGAAAAGAGAGUCCGAAGCAUGAGGCUACUGAUCUUGUUAAAACUGGAAUCUUUGGACGUAUCUGUGGUGAAAUGGCACAAAUUACGCAAAAAGACAAAAUAGAGGUGGAGGAUAUGCUUAUUAUAUAGAAGACUUGACUUAAUAUGCUGACCAGAUUAUUCUUUGUUGUUUUUUCUUUUAAACGUUCAUUAACUAACUUUGCCUUUUAAUGUAAAUAUGUACCUUCUUCCAUGUGUCAUAAAGAAGCAUGGUGACAUUGCCAUGUUUGCUACAGAAUUACAUCUUCCAGACUUCUCUUAAUUAUGGAAACUUUUUUCACUUAUCUGAUUGUACAGCUGACUGUUUUGAAGCAAAAAUUAAUCUUCUGAUUGGGCUUCAACAGUACACUGAAAUAUUGUUCUUUAAAUUGCUGUACACAGAACAUUUUGUGAGGAACAAAAGUGGGCUUUGAACUGACACAAUGCUAAGCUGUAUCUAAUUACUGUUGCCGAGAAUUGUUUCUGGGUUUAUAAAAAAAAUUAAUCCUCAGUAACACCAGAUAAAUGUGCAAUAAUUUUAGAUUGAUGAGCGAGAGAUUUUAAUAUUUGUUUUAUGUUGAAUUGGAUGGUACUGUGUCCAUUUUCUUUUUAAUAUAACUUAGGACACUUUCUUGGAUGGUAAAAAAGAUUUUACUCCAUUUAACCUAGAUAAGAAUUAGAAAGAUGUAUUUGCAUCUUGGUGCAUGGGGAAUUGUGUUAUAAACUCUUUUACUUUCAGGGGGUAUAAACACUGUAUUCUCAUUUUGAAGCGAAUGUACUACAUUCUCAGUUCUCUGUCAUGGAACUGUAGUUAACUGUCCUGUACUUGGGGUUUACUUUAUAAUAAAAAGUAUGUUAACAUUGUGAAAA